UCGCCCUCUCUCUUUCUCUUUCUCUUAGCCCACUCGCAUUGAUACACAACCAUGACAAGACUUGGUUCUUCUUCGCCAUGAUUCCUGCUGCUCUAUCUCACUCUCAUCAAAGUCAUGACUCUUGCUCCUUUGAUGUUCCGUUCACUGAUAAGGCUAUUGUUUUCGUUGGCUGAUCGCCCUGCGGCAUCCAUCACCACAUUGUUGUACUAUAGUGAUCUCCUCCCAAGGGACAUGAACUUGGAGCGGAUGGUUCAUCAAGAUCUACUCCAUCGAGAGAACUAUCUCUUCCAUUUCCUCAUCAACGUGCUCAGAUGCGUCCGGUAGAAAAUCUAGAGACUAGAGAGAGAGAUGAAGAGCACAUCGAAGUUGGUAAUGGGGGUGACGCUGGCGAUGGUGGUGAGCUUAGCCAUAGUGUUAGCAUUGGUGCUUGUGUUGUUAGCAGAACUGUACUGCUCUCUUCUUCUACGCAGAAGACGUCUCCGAACAGCCACUAACGCAACCUCAACUCCUCAUCAAUCCUCACAACAAGAAAGCUCAUCGGCUCCUCCACCUCUCAAUAGAAUCUAUGCUCAUGGGGUUCUUCAUGCUCCAAGAAGGUUCCUUUUCCCAGCCUUCGUUGGAAAAGAAGAGGUAGAAGAAGAGAAGGAAGAAAAAUGUAAGCAGUUCCCACUUCCAUACCAGUCGGGCCUUCACCAAGUUGAAGGAGAGAUCAUCAGCACUCCACGACGCAUUGGACUGAUCACAGCGUCAUCCCCGUCUCUCUCAAUCAAGUCGUUGGCUUCGCCUCGAUCUAUACAAGCAGCAGCAGAGGGUAAUGGUGGAGGUGGUGCAGGGGAGCAUUUUGUUUACAUCUCGAACCCCAUUUACGACAACGAUGCUUGCAAGGUGAACAGAGUUGGAGUUGGAACUCCAUUUGAAACGCCGGAAACUUCACCCUCCCGUUUGGAGAUGAGUAGCGAUGAUGAUGAGGAGGUGGAGGAGGAGGAUGCUGAGGUGGAAGAACCAUCUUCAUCCAGUCCCAAAUCGCUGCCCAUGACGCCUCCGCUGACUCCAAUGAAGAAGCUCCCUGUUGAAGCGUGUUCUGUGUCUUUGAGGGAUGCACGGUCAAUUGGGACUUCUGGCAGUGGUUCAGACACAAAGAACUGUUCAUCAUCAUCUUCAUCUGGUUCUCCUCGCACAUCUCCUUCAUGGUGAUCUGUUACUAAGCUCUGUUUUACUGUUUCCUGUGAAUAGCUAUGGACUGGAGAUGGAAAGAAACAGAGGCUGGUCUCUCUACUG